AUGGCUGUUCCCAAUACCUAUGUGCUGAUCUUUGCCUGUACCUGUGGAGUGAUCCUGGGAAUCGGGCUCUGUGCCAACCUGCUGGUCUUUUCUCUGUUUGCAAAGUACAACACGCUGCGUAAGAACCGCCUCGACAUCCUCCUACUCAGUAUGACUCUGGCCGACUUCCUCACCCUCCUGCUUAUCCCCUUCACCCUGCACUCCUCCGUCAGCCACUCCUGGCCUCUGGGUAACAUUUCCUGCAAGGUCUACCAGUUCCUGCUGGCCUUCAGCCUGGCCGCCAGCACCUACUCACUGUGUGCCGUGUCUGUGACUCGGGCCAUGAUUAUCACUAAUCCGUACCAGCCACCCACUAUGGACCUGGUCAUCUUCAUGUUUGUUCUGGUCUGGGCCCUCAGCUUCUUCAUCAGCCUGCCGCUGCGUAUGUUUGCCACCAAAGACAGCCUGGGCCCGAGCCCGGCUAACUUCACCUUCUGCCUUCCAACCAUUCAUGAGCACCACUACCAAGUGGUCCUGAGCCAGUUUGUACUUUACUACUUUGUUCCAAUGCUAGUCAUCGCCUUCAAUUAUGUCCGGCUGGCUCUUUUUCUCCACAAGAGUCCUGUAAUGUCGGUGUCCAGUGCCAGGAACACCCGCCGUGCCUCUGUCAUGGUGUUCUUGGCUGCUGCUACCUUCUCAGUGUGCUGGCUGCCUGGUUAUGUGCUGGAGUUGUGUGUGUACCUGGAGCUAUACCGCCAAGGACAGGCUUGGGAGAUGUUUUACUUCACCUGUACUGUGCUGCAGUACCUGCACCCCUGUAUCAACCCUGUGCUCUAUGUGCUGCUGUCAAAGCGCUACCGCCACAGGAGGGCAGCCUGGCUCUUCAGCUGUAACAGGAACAGAGUGCAGCCGCAGGUCAUCAGCGUCACCACAGACAGCUUUUAA